GUUACCCAGGCAACCCUCGUCAAACAAAUUAAUUUCCCAGUACGAAAAACAAAGCAUAGCAUUUUCAUUCGAGGAGCACAUCAUGGAGGAUUGGAAGAUAACCUCAGAGGAGCUAAUCCGUCUGCGGGAGAGCUGCCUGCAGUGCAUUCGGGAUGGCGAACUCUACGAGCUGCGCAACGAUGCCAAACUAAGGGCUGUUUACAGCACCAAGAGCUACGAGGAAUUCAAGGACAUAGUGGAUGCAGCCCAUCUUCGUCCAGUUUCCCGGAGCGAUAAGGCCAAUGCGCAGACGAAGAACCGACUGUGGAACUCGGCCGCCCGCAACUGAUUGCCCAAUAAAGAUGAAAGGAAAUGAA